AUGAAGCGCAAAGUGCUGCUUAUGGGCCAAUCCGGCUGCGGGAAAACGUCGAUGCGUUCGCUCAUCUUCUCCUCCUACCGAGCGGCCGACACACGGCGACUCGGCUCCACACUCGACGUUGAACAUUCACAUGUGCGCUUCCUCGGAAACCUCGUGCUCAACCUGUGGGAUUGUGGCGGUCAGCAGUCAUACAUGGACUCGUACCUCGACAAACAACGUUCGCAGGUGUUUUCUACCGUCGGCGUGCUCAUCUACGUCUUCGACCUCGUCGCCGCCGCAGAGGGAGGAGACGAAGAUCAAACCGAAUGGGAACGUGAUCUGCGCUACUACAAGGACUGUGUCUCGGCGCUGUACCAGUACAGCCCGGAUGCGCAGGUGUUCUGCCUGUUGCACAAGAUGGAUCUCAUCGACAAGUCUAGGAGGGCAGCAGUAUAUUCUCACCGUGUCAAGCAGUUGAGGCGCAAGAGCAAGGAGGUAGCACAUGCAGCAGGUAGCAAAGCCGACGGUUUCAGGGUGCAAUGCUUUGCCACAAGCAUCUGGGACGAAAGCUUGUACCGCGCUUGGAGCCGAAUUGUGCAGACCCAGAUUCCGGCGCUGAGCGUGCUCGAGAGGCAUCUGCAGCUGUUUGUCGAUACGUGCUCGGCGAGCGAAGUGGUCGUGUUUGAACGUACCACCUUUCUCGUCAUCGCCAAAGCGUUUGGAACGUCCACCAAAGAAGCGCUAUCCUCUUCGUUUGAAAAGGCUCGGCUUGGUGCCAGCUCAGGCUUCAGCUACGACGAGGACGAAGAAGGCAUGGAAGGCUUCCGCGAUACCCAAGGUAAAUUACCCAACACCUCACUAGGUUCCGGCUUCUUCCACGCAUCCGACUCGGCCUUCUCCUCCUCCUCGUCGUCCACCUCGAAACCCACCUCGACAGCGUUGGACCCGGAACGCUUCGAAAAGGUCUCGGAACUCAUCAAGAACUUCAAGCUCUCCUGCCAGAAGCUGCCCGCUAAAACGUCGCAAUCCGAGUUCCAGGCGAUGGAACUCAGAACAUCCACCUUUUCGGCUUACAUCGACAGUCUCACCUCGAAUACGUACAUCAUGAUCCUCAUCGCCGACCCCGCCAUCCAUCUCGCAAGCGUCAAACUCAACGUCCAGCUCGCUAGAGAUCAUUUUGAACGUCUGCAGGCAAUCAACCUGCAUCCAUAG